AUGCUGCAUGCCUUUCUCGGGGGAUAUAACGUUGAUUGGUCGAAAAUUAUCUUCAACCAACAUCGCUACAUCAUCACAAAUGGUCGUACUUCACCAGGGGAUAUUACCAAGAAGAUAGGCUUCGGCUUUCUAGUCAGUCAUCUUCUUGCCAUGAAGAAAAUCCCUCUACGCGCAGGAGUUUCGCCUGGGCGAAAAGUGUGUCACAUGAAAUCAAAGCCUAGUGGAUAUGACAAACAGAAAGCUUUGGAGCUUGGCUUGCCGUUGGACUCAGUGAAAAAGGUGAGAAAGUCCAAACGAACUAAAGAAAUAGAUGAUGAUGUGCCCAAGGCCAAGAGAUCAAGAGAGAACAAAAGUUCUCCUGCACUCAAAACAGAAGAACCAUCUACUGCUCAACCUGAAGUAUUGCUGAAAGUUACUGACACAGCUCAGCCCGUCCUUGAGAUGAAAUCCCCCUCAUCAAUUCAACCUGUCUCUACACCCACAGAACCAGAAGCAAUCACAAAAGAAGUCUCUCAAAAGAUUCCACAAAUUUCAUCAACUGAACCCGUCAUAAUUGCUGAUUCCUCCGAAGAAGAAGACGUUGCCUUCUCUAGUCCUGUGAAGACCUCAAAAAGUCACUUUCGGCCUACCAUUGCCAAAGCAAACGAAAUCAUGGCGAAAUUGGCUCCCCCUCCUGAGUCAAUAUUACCAUCUAAACUGAAGAAGAAGCUUGCAUCUUCUCAGGGGGAAGAAAUGAAAAGAAAGGACUCCAAGAAGAGAAAGAAGAGAUCAAAGAGCUCUGAAAGUUUGAAGAAAUCCUCCUUACCACAAGAACCCAUCCAGGCAGAGCAACUCAACACGAGCUUAACACAAGAACCUGCUGCAAUGGAGAAGGAUGCUCAAGGAUCUCAAGCUCUGGACGACCACUUAAGUCUCCCACAAGAACCUGGCGUGCCAGAAGAGACGAGAAAGGUGGUCACUAAACCAACUGUUGAAACAACCCUCCCACAAGAACCUACCCGAACAGAGGAGAUGGCUCCCAUUCUGACACAAGAACCUGUCAGGGUAGACGAGGAUGAAAUUGCACCACAUCUUUCGAGUCACUUAAGUCUCCCACAAAAACCUGGUCAGCCAGCUGAGAUGAGAGAAGUGACUCCUCCGAUUGAAUCCAAUCCGAAAGAAGCUCUACCCGAGCCUGAAGUCUUACAAGACUCGGUCAUACCCGAGAACUCUCAAGCGAUUUGGAUCGGCACCAAAGAUGUUUAUGAAGCGUUGCGCCUUGAAACCAUCAAACGUGUGUACUCUUACAAAGUGACCCAUCGCACUCUUGGGAAAGAAAAAGCGCCCAUUUGCAUUGAGCUAAACAAGCCGCCAUUGGAUCCAGCCUUCGUUGAAGAAACGAAAGAAUUUCGAUAUGCUCUCCUCCUGUCAAAAGUCAAGACAGAGUUAGAACGAACUCAUCAGAAUGAUCCAGCGUGCAAUGUCAGCGGACUAAAAGAUGACGAAGGAAAGGAGAUUGAACAUGAAGACGAAAGAACCUCCGAAACCGAGAGCAGAGAAGCGAACUCUGAUUCGGAUGAAAAUGCUGAUGAAGACAAAGGUACUGAUGAAAAUCCUGAAAUUGAAGAAGAUGAUGAAGAUGAUAAUGAGAAAUCAGGUGAUGAGCAGGAUGACUCUCAUGGCGAUGAUGGAGAUGAUGAUGAUGAUGAAGGAAAAGCUGAUAACAAUAAUCUUGGUGAUGAUGAUUCAGAUGACGAUGAUAAUGAUGAUGGCGAUUCAGACUAUGAUAGUGAAUCUCCUAUCAUAGGCAACACCGAAGAUAUACCUGAACGAUCACAUGUCCCUAGCUCAUCCCCACCAAAGGAAGACCCAACUCAUGAGUUACCUCUCGCCAUGCUACCUCCUCUCCCAGAUAUAGCUCGUGAUAACAACAUGGAUGCAUCACAGCGUGAUGAAAAUCGGGAAGCAUCACCUCAUGCGCCUUACCAAGAGCCUGGCAACGACUAG